GAACGUGUUCCUGUUUCGUGAGAAGAGCAUAUUGCAUAUUGCAUAUUGCAUGCUGAAUUUGUGCCUGCUGGUUCCACAAACCACACACAUCCGCACGCGCACACACACACACACACACACACACACACCCAACUUGCCACAGUUCACUUCCAGCCGAAGGACUGUGCCGUUAGGUGAAUGCUAACUGUCCUGCGCCCUGGGGAAUGGCAGUCUGUGCACAUCACUGCUCAGUGAAGGAUUUUGUUCUCCUGGUCAGUAGUAUACUGUUGUUGUGCGAUCUGGUCUGUUUGGCAGACCCCCGCCCGUCCGAUCUCCCAGCACCCUCUCUGACCCGGCAGACCCCUCAGGGAGGAGGCGCGAUAGACCUUGUGUGCCGCGCCCCCGACGGCCAUGCGGGGGUCCUGUUCCGUCUCGUCAGGGUGACAGCGCAGGGGGACAAGGUGGACCUGGUGGAGUUUCCACAGGAGCGGCAGGAGGCCCGCUUCAGUCUGAGAGGGGAGGCCGGGCUCAGCCAGGAGUCCCACUGCUGCAUGUACCAGGACCGCCACCAGAGGUACAGCGGGUACAGCCCCUACAUACGUCUGAGCGACCCAGCCCCCGCCUCUCCUCUGCUACAGCCAUCCCUGUCGGUGGAGCCCCACGGGGGCAGGGUAGUUAGUGGCCAAAGCCUGUCCUUCCACUGCUCCGCCCCUCCGUCCCAAAGCCCCGCCCCCCAGGCCUUCUUCCUGCUGAGGACGGGGGCGGAGUCCGAGGGCUCCGUGGUCUCUCCGGCGUCCCCGGACCCCCUGGGCUUGGAGGCGUCCUUCCAUGUGGGCCCCAUGAGGGGAGGGGAAGGGGGCUCCUACACCUGCGUGUACCGGGUCGUCCUGCCGGGCGGCGGCCACGCGAACUCCAUCGCCAGCGCACCUGUCCACAUCACCGUCUCAGAGUUGCUGCCGCGGCCCACGCUCUCCCUGCUGGAUCCGGACCCUGGAGACCAGGGGGUAACUGUGCGGUGCACGGGCCCGCAGGCAUACCCCGGGGCCCAGUUCACCCUGUUUCGGCUGGGCUCCUUGCUCCCCGUGUCCUCACGCCCCGCUGACCACACCCGCCAUGAGGUGUACUUCACCCUACCCGUCCUCCGGCCUGACCCAGGCCCAGACCCAGACCCAGAGCAGUACCAGUGCCAGUACAGCGUGCUCCUCGGCCAGCACCAGAGCGAAUCAGAGCGCAGCCUACCUAUCACUGUACCCAGCCCCACAGGAACAAACUUCAUCCCUGCUGAAGUCUCUACUCCCCCCUCCCCUUCUCCUUUCUCAGCUCCUGACUGGCCCCUGAUUGCUGGCUGUGUAUCUGCAGUGCUGCUGUUCCUGGUCGUGCUCACAGGGCUGGGCAUCGGAGUGCACAGGAGAGUAAAAGCGCUGGCUGAGAAAAAGAAGAGGAGGGAGGAAGAUCGCUUCUGGAAGCAUCGUCACGCUAUGGACCACACCCUCGACCUAACCUUAAUAGGCCCAUAGGACGCCAGGCCCAUAAGCAUCGGCUCCCAGGGGGUGUAUGCAGGACCGGGGUCCUGGUUCCACAGCCCGCCUCAGAACGUCUUCACUGUCGGCCCCUCAGUGGCCUCUCUCUACGUUUGAGAACCCGGCCUGCUGACCACCACUUCCAUGGGCCUCCCCCCUACUCCUCCCCCUCUCUCUCUCUCUCUCUCCCCCCCCCUUUCUGCUUGCAUGCUUGCUUGUGAAUACAAGUGUUUACCAGAUAAAGGUUUGGGUCACAGUGAAUGUGCCAGGGGUGUAUUCUGGUCCUGCAACAAAUAUAUUUGUGAUAUCACUGCAAAUGAACCACAUCGAUCUGACACUCGCUUGCUUACAACUCAUGACUCUGGGCGCAGAAAUCUAUUCCUAAUCACUGUCAAUAAACAAUGUGACCAUUUAAACACACACACACACACACACACAUACACACACGCACGCGCACACACACACGUCAUUUCUGUUUUUCGCUUUCAGUUCUGUUAAUGUUUUUUUUUCUUCAUUCUCAUUCAUCUUCUUGAUGAAUACCAGACCUUACUUUUCAAAUAUAUUCACAUAUUAUACUUAUAAUUUAAUUGGUAUGUACAUAGUUUCUAGUUGCAUUAAGUUUGUGUGUGUACAUAUAAAUCAAAGAGACUGUUCAAAGUGUGGAAACUGAAAAAAGCAAUGUCAAUGCAUCCAAUAAAUGUAUAUCCUUUAUUAAC